AACAUUGAAGUCUGAAGGAGGAACGUUGGUUUGAAAAGUGGACGUUUGCAUCUUCUGAACACCUGAAGAAACCCUGCAGAGAGAUGGAGGACUGUCAGAACCAUCUAAGGAUCUUUGUGCCAUGAUUUAGAAGAAAGGCUGAAACAGGACGAGAACUUAAGUCUGGAGUAUUUCAAUCAUAAAUGAAGAGAAGAGGACGUCCAGGAGUUAUCCAUCUUUAUGCUCCUGAGGACAGGAGAGCACCUGAGGAACUCGUUCAAAGAAAAGAGACAAGAGACAUAUUCUCUGUGAUCAAUGUUUGGGUUUGAUUUUUAUAUUUAGAGACUUGAAAGUAAAAAACAUUGAGAGAUGUUUUUCUGAAAUGUGUCCACAAUAGGACGAGAGACACGGACAGCUUCUUUGGGGAGAUUCAUCUCAUGAGGUUUUGAAAGCAGGACUUCUCAGAGUUUUUGAAAUCCUCUCUGCUGAGACAAACUUUGAUCUGGAUCAUCUCAAAGAGUUUAAGAGCUGAAGGAGGACUUUCAGAGGAAGUGUUCCACUCCAUGAAUUCAUGCUGACAUUGGACUGUCCUGAACUUUGGGGUUUUUGGACACAAACAAAUCCAGAGACGAUGGCUGGGUUCACCUCUGACCUUGAAACAGACGUUUGAGUAAAGGCUGUUGUGAGUGGAUCAUCGUAUCAUCGUCUGAUUGGAUGUUGACCUGGAGGUUUUCUAAGAGCUGGAAAAUGACGCUGAGUGACUACUUAGACUGGUGACGUGGGAUCAAACCUGCGUCAUCUGAGGCUCUACAGAGGGAUGUUGUUGUGUCGCCUCCUGCCGCUGACAUGGGUGCUGCUCACUGCCAGAGUCCAGAGCCAGAGCUGGAGACCCUGCACAGACUUGCUGCCUCUUGACCUGCUGACCAGAGUCCUGCCACGCCCAGGACAAACCCCGCCCACACAGUUGCAGAUGGUUCAGUCCAGUGGGUCCAGAGGUCUCCGAUUGGGCGGUGUCGUGACCUCAGCGCUGAGUUUCCCCGCCUCCCAAAUCUUCACCAACUGUGACUACUUCCCCUCCGAGUUCUCGCUGGUUGUCACCAUCAAGACUCUGAGUCUGAAACAGAAGAGGAAUGAGUACCUCUUCUCCGUGGUGGACGAGGAGUCGGACUCUCUGGUGCUGGGCCUCCGCGUCUCAGAGAACAGCCUCCACCUCCUGCUCAGGCACCCAGGUGCAGGUGGGCAGAGCCGGAUCACCUUUAAGGAUGUUGGACUGGAUGAUAACCGCUGGCACAUGCUGGUGGUGGCUGUGACCGGACCGUACGCCACGCUUACCAUCGACUGUGGACUUCCUCUGGAGCUUAAACAGGUUCAGUCCUUCCCCAGCACUCUCAGCACCAGAGGGUCCAGGUUCUUCAUCGGCAGCAGGAGGAAGAUGAGGGGACGGUUCUCUGGUUUACUGCGUCAGCUGGUUCUACUUCCUGGUUCAGACGCCACGCCCAGACUUUGUCCAUCAGCCAACCCCAGCCUGGCUGAGCUGUCCGUUCCCCAGGUCCUCAAGUCCACCCCUCUCCAGCCGGACUACCCCGGACCAGUUUACCCGUACGAGGCCGAGGCCAGAGUGACUCUGGGAAAUCCUCCUCAGUGCUCAGGACCAGAACAAGGCCAGCUGUGGUUCAACGCUCAGAGAAAAGACCUGUUCAUCUGUGACGGACUCACCUGGAGGGCGCUGCUGCACAAUAAGGAGCGUCUGGACUAUGUGGAGGACUACCAAGACCUGUACACCAACUCAGAAACCUUCGACGUGGAGGUCUUCUCCAUCCCGUCUGAAGGCCUGUUCAUGGCUGCAGCCAACAGAGACUCUCGGCCCGGGUCGGGGAUCUACAAAUGGAGAGACGGGUCGUUCCAGCUCUACCAGAACGUCAGCACUCAAGAGGCUCGAGCCUGGAAACACUUCACCAUCGAUGGAAAGAUCUUCUUGGUGGUGGCGAACUCCAAGGAGGCGGAGCCUGAGCUAUCGAUAAUCUAUCGCUGGAAUCCACGUCGGCUGCGUUUUGUCCGUCACCAGACGCUUCAGACUCACUCCGCUCUGGACUGGGAGGCCUUUCAGAUCCACAACAGCAGCUACCUGGUGGUAGCCAAUCACAGACGAGCCAGAGACUCCAACCACAACAUCCACAGUGUGAUCUACAGGUGGAACACAGACACAAAGCUGUUUGAGGUGAAUCAGACUCUGUCCACGUCCGGAGCGUAUGACUGGGAGUUUUUCACCGUAGGACCGUAUCACUUCCUGGUCGUGGCCAACACCUUCAACGGUCAGACGACCACCAUCAGCUCCACCAUCUAUGUCUGGCUGGACGGAUGCUUCCAGGUCUUCCAGAACAUCCCGACGAUUGGAGCGACGGACUGGGAGACUUUUCAGAUCGAUGGCCGGUUCUUUCUGGCGGUUGCAAAUAGUCAGAUGAUCUCAGGCCGAGGCCCGAGUCUCUACAGCAUCAACUCCACCGUGUACGAGCUCAACACGCUCACUCAGACCUUCAUCCGCUUCCAGGACAUCCUCACACACAGCGCGGUAGACUGGGAGUUCUUCACCAUCGGGGAUGAGAAGUUCCUGGUCGUAGCGAACUCUCAUGACGGCAGCUCGUACUCUCUGAACAGCGUGGUCUACAGGUGGCAGGGCUACGAAGGCUUCGUCCCAGUCCACAGUCUGCCCACUUUUGGCUGUAGAGACUGGGAAUACUUCAGCACAGAGGAGGGAUCCUUCCUGGUCUACUCCAGCGCCACUUCCAGGCUCAGCAAGGUGUUCAGACUCAGGACGUACUGAAGGAAACCAAAACAGACUUUGAGUUUGAUCUUUGAACCUUUUAAUUUCUGCGGCUGCAUCCUCAGGAGAUAGAGACUGACCCUGCAUCCUGCUGCAACCUCUGGAUCAGCUCUCUGCAGGUCCUCUCCCACAGUUCUGGGCUGAGUAAGGACCUUAGACUGCAGAGAGAGAUCAACAUUUGCACCGAAGUCAAACCGCUCCCUGUAAAGUCCUCACAGUCAGACAUGUUGACUCUUUGGAUGAAGUUCAUGAGACCUCUAGAGCUCUUCGCUGGUCCUCGAGGUUGAUCGAUAUAUUAAACACUUUAACAAGAUAUUUAAAAAACUGAUGUCACUCACCUGAUGAGGACAGCGCCCUCUAGUGGGCUGAAAAAGCCCACUAGGAUUCCAGGUCACAGCUGGUAAAGUCUCCUUCAGGUGCUGGUUUGUAUUUAUGAGUCAAAGUCUCUCAGUUUGAACUCCGUCUUUACUACGACCUGCUUUCUUUAUGUUUCACAUGACACCUGCGUGAGCAACACAUCCACCCUGAAUCCACACGGAUCCCAAGCUAUGACCGGAUAUAAACCAUUAUAAAAACAAAUGAUUUUGAUGUUCAGGUGGACUAAAAUAUUUCAGUCUAUAAUAUGAAUGAGCCGUUAGCAGCUCUGCAAACACUUGCAGAUGUUCAGGCAGGUUCUGAAGCAUCUUCUUUAUUCUGAACACACAUCAGAUUUAAAGACGUCACAGGGAACACUUGAGAUCAUACUGAAUCCACAGAUGUGUGUUUUGUGUCUGUGUGAUCAGAUUUAAUAGAGUAACUCUGAUAGAAAGAGGUUUUGACAUCAUGCAGUGUCUCAGGGGAGCAAACAGACUUUGUAAACUUUAGAAGAAGUCUCAUCUAGCCCUGCAGGUAGUGUGAAAUAAACCUUUGAGAGGAAUCACAUCACACAUGACGUCAGGAAUACAAACACAAAGAUGGAGGCUGAAAAAAUCCAGACAGGUCUCUGAGAGCAGGGUGGAGUCAGUCUCACUUUCAGCCCUGAAGUGAAACGGUGAGCAGUGACCUGCUCAUCAGGGAAAGGUCAGACUCUAAUGUGACUCACAUCACAUCACGCAGCUCAACAUCAACUUUAACUAUCAGAGUUUAUGAAAAGCUGAACUUCACUUUCAUGCAGCUUCAGUCUGACCUCCUCUCAGGGUCUAAAUAAACUACACGCAGUGACUCUAACAGACCUGUUUAUAAAUCCUGAUGAAGAGCUUUAAAGCUCCACUGAGGAGUUUUUAUCUGCUCAUGAAACAGACUGAAACUCAUGAUGACGUUUCUUUAUGACCUAUAAAAGUAAACAUGAGGAUCAGCAGGACGACGGAUUGUUUCUAUAGAGUUCUUGUGAUGUUUAAAGUCUCUGGUGGGGGGUCGGUGUCAGUCCAGCUCAUGAACUGCAAAACAGCCUGUUUGACAUUUAAAGUGGGUUUAGUGUAAACUCAACACAGGGUACGAAACCUGACUGACACAUGAAGAGGACAAAAUCAGAAAGAGAUAAGAGGUGCUGUUUUGUCCACAGGGGGCGCCAGAAUCAACACCAACUGGAAGUUCCUCACAGGAGCUUUAAUGAAACUGGCGACAGGUGGGGCAAAGUGACUGAAUUAUUUUAUAAUGUUCUAUUUUUUACAAAUGUUAAAGUGGCUUUGGAAGAAAUAUUAAUAUUGUAAUAAAGAAUAAGCUACGUAGAAGCUGACCUGCUAUUCAAACACUCAAACUGCUUCAGAUUAUAUAUUUGUGAUCAGUCAGUGUUUUCAGUAAAACUAAGAAAAGCUUUUAAUGAUUUUGAGAACUCCAGUUUAUCAAUAUUUGUCACUUAAAGUAUGACUUAAUAUUCAAUAUAUGUGUUGUGAUGUUUGUUGUGAUAUAAAAUAUAUGUAAUAUAUGUCGUAGUUAGUCUGCUCUCUAUCCAUGUUAAUAAUAUAUUAUUUUAGUAACACCAUAACUUAACCUUUAUUUACAUCCAUGUCUUUGUCCUUUUAAAUAUUAUUGUCUACUUUAAAUAUAAUUUAUACUUUUGUGUUUGUUUCAUAAUAAACUUUGUCUG